GAUGAUUUGGGCGCCACUUUACGUCACGUCGCAGUACCAGUCUUGACCGCCAGGUGGCGACAUAGCCCGCAGUGCGACCCAUCCUGUUCUACUUCCGGGUUCUGAUGUUUACAUCGGCGGCUGAACCCCAGGUCCGGAGUCGGAGCCGCCCAAAGUCGUCCCUCUGGUUCCGAGCCUCAUUCCACCUGGACCGGGCCGCCCGCUGAAGAUUCGGUCGGAGGGACGUCUCCAAGGUAACGCCUCCACCGCUUUACGAGCAGCCCGAAGCUAACCAGCUAGCACAUGCUAAGCGAAGCGGCAGUUCACUCGGCGUCUUCCACCGUGACGUGAGAAGCUCGCGCGCACCAGUGCGAAGCCUCGGGUGAAACGCGCCUCACCCGGAGAGUUUGCCUCUUUCAUCCUGGACCCGUCGUGUUUCAGCAGCAGAGCUGAGGAUGAGGAAGCGACUCCGCCAGACCAGAGCGUCCGCAGAGGAGCGCGAGAGCCCCGGGAGCGGCGAGCGUCCGCGGGAGGCUGCGGCUCCUCCGAGCAAGUCCAAGUCCUCGGGUCGCGUGUCCGCCACCGUCUGCAGGCUCUGUCACGGCAGGUUCUCCCCCCGGAGCCUGCGCCACGCCUUCGUCACGCUGCCCGAGGACCCGGCCGACGUCCCGGACGAGGAGUCGGACGGCGCCGUCCAGUCGGACCUGCUGUUCCACACGGACUUCCAGCAGCUGGUGGGGGUGCCGCUGGACCGCGACCCGCAUCUGUCCGACUACAUCUGCAAGAAGUGCCACGCCAAGUUCUACAAGUGCCACAACAUCCUGAAGCGCUUCCUGCAGAGGGUCAACCUCCCCCUGGUGGAGACGGAGGGCGGCGGCAGCAGGACGCCGCCUCGCGAGGCCGACCCGGACCCGGCGGCCUUCUGUCCUCGGGUGACCCCCAGCUUCUCCUCCGACUCCAAGUGUCUGCACCGCCUGGUCUCCUGGGCCCAUCACCACGCCGAGGCCUGCCGCUACUGCCCCAACCUGAAGGAGGUGCUGGAGGGCCGCUGCCUGGGCUCCGUCAGGGCCGUCUGGGGCUGCGUGGAAGGACACUGCUACACCAUGGAUGCCCGCUGCUCCGUGCCGCCGCCGCCGCCGCCCCUCUGGAUGACCAGCGGCCGAGCCGCCGGGCAGGAGGACGGCGGGGGGGCGGGGUCCGAGCCCGAGGAGGAGGAGGAGGAGGAGGAGGGGGGGACGAAGGGAAAGUCCGGAGCGGAGAGCGACGCCCUGUUCGGUCCAGCUGCAGCCUCUGAGCUGAGCCCAGACCUGUGGAGCACCAGAGACGUUUUCCCCGCUGAGGUCACUGCAGGUCGACUGGACGAGCGGCAGGUGGACGGCAGCCUCUCGGAGCGAGCGGCGUCGGAGGACGUGUGUGACAGGGGGGAUCUGGUCAGCUGGUCUGACGCCGAGCAGUCGGAGCCGUCGCCAAAGAAGAGGUCCCGGAACGGUCCCACCGCCCGGCCCAAGGCGCAGCAGGAGCCCAAAGUCCGAAAGAAGCCCGGACCCAAACCCGGCUGGAAGAAGAAGUUCAAGACCAAAGGGGAGGAGCUGCCCAACAUCUACAAGUGUCCUUACGCCGGCUGCACGGCCGUCUACAAAGCACCGGAGGGUCUGAAGAAACACAUCCGGGAGCAUCACGAGGAGGUGAGGGAGCGACCCUGCCCUCAUCCCGGCUGCAACAAGGUCUUCAUGAUCGACCGCUACCUGCAGAGGCACCUCAAGCUCAUACACACAGAGGAGAGGAACUACAUCUGCGACCAGUGCGGCCAGACCUUCAAGCAGAGGAAACAUCUGUCGGUGCACCAGCUCAGACACUCGGGAGCCAAACCCCUGCAGUGUGAGGUCUGUGGUUUCCAGUGUCGGCAGCGCGCGUCCCUCAAGUAUCACAUGACCAAACACAAGGCGGAGGCCGACCUGGAGUUCGCCUGCGUCAUGUGCCGCAAGCGCUUCGAGAAGGCCCACAACCUCAACGUGCACAUGUCCAUGGUGCACCCGCUCAUCCACCAGCCGCCACCGCCGUCGCAGCUGAGCCAGCAGGACAGAUGACGGCGGGCCGCCCUGCUGUGCUGAGGCUCGGCCACCAGCAGGGGGCGCCAGAGAGUCCACGGCAGGGAAGGACUUUUGUAUUUUAGUAAAUUAUUCCAACGUUGUCGAGCGUUUGUCAGGAGCAGGUGUAAAUAAAGGUGUGAAGUGAAGCUGCUCUGCAGGGGGCGACGCCACGUACCGUGCACGCAUGCGUGUGACCUCACAGGAAGUCCAUCUCUGGACUCAGGCUUCCAGGCUCCAGCCGCGCAGACAGCGCCGCGGCCACCUCCGGGUCGGGACACGAGGACUGCAGCUGCAGCAGAGCGCAGUGGUCAACAGCAGGCGGCGCCAUGAGCGAGAGCCAGGACUCACCUGAGCCAGCUGCCCGGAGGACAGGGGCGGGGCCUCUGACAGGCAGCGGAGGAGCAGGCGCUUGGCUCCAUCCAGAACCUCCUGCGGGAGAGGGAGAGGAGAGACGCAGUGAGCGGGCCGCUCUUGGCCUGCGGCGCC